AUGGCUGCAAUCGUCAAGGCUGCCAACGCCAUCCUUGGACUUGCUGCCACUGCAAGAGACAUGUCCGCCACCAACAGGACACUCGAUGCCCGCGAUCUCGAAGCUCGUCAGGUCCUCUUCCAGUUGGAACGCUACAACGAAACGCACAUUGGCCUUAUUAACGCCACGCCUUACCGCUGGCUUAAAACUUAUAACCACUCCUACCAGCUGUGGCAAUGGGAGAAGGAAUGGCCCGAGUACAUUGAGCCAGGGAAAGCUACCAGCGUCUCGGUCAAGACUAGCAAGCAUCUCAUGACCGAUACCGCUGGCGAGGCGACAUACCGUAUCGAAGGAACCAGCAAGCCCAUGUCUCUACAAGUUCAGUACCUCGCUGGGCGGCAACACACAGUUGCCGUUCAGUUAUUGGAGAACCUGGAGACAAUCUACAGCAAGAGGAACACGACCUACAAUCUCGGAUUCUUGCCACGCUCGGGUGGCAGCGGCUUCAUUCUUGCCGGCGUCGAGGGCGACUUUAUUUCCAACGACGGGCCCUCGACUUGGAUGCAGGCCCAGCUUCCCGAGAUUGGGCACCUGCCGCUACGCGAAAUUGCCAUGCCUCGCUCUCACCAUGCCGGGCAGUGGAAGAGCCAGGAUCACUUCGGUUGGGGGUCGGCCUUCAAUACUCAAACACAGCAAUUCACGCUUUACGAACAGCUCGAUAGGGGCGGCAUCAGAGUCCUCGACGUCCGGCCAGGCCUCAAGAGGGGCAAGUUCUACGAGCAUCACGGUUCCGUGGUCGCCAACAUAUUUCAUGGCGUGCUGGGCGCCAGCCUCGAGGAGAUGGUGGACAUGCAGAACAAGUUCAUGGCGGACCACCCCGGCGAGAUGUUCAUCUGGGACAUCCACGACACAGACACGCGCGACGGUGACAGGAAGUUUAAGCCGCUCAACGACGAGGGCCGCCAAAAGUUGUACGACGACCUCCGGCGCCUCAACCACCGCGCGGACGUGUCCAACGUCACGGACAUCUCCAGGCGCCCUCUCAACUGGUUCAUCAACAGCAAUGUCAGCAGGCAGGGCAAGUCGUGCCUGAUCGUGCGCGUGCCCACGUCGUGGGCCAGCAUGAAGCACUUCCCGGGCCGCAAGGAGGGCUUCGUCACGGGCGACAGCCUGCCGCUCAAUUCGCACUGGUCAAACACCAACGAGUACCAGACGCUCGUGAAGGACCAGGUCGCCCGGCUGAUAGAGGCCCGCCGCUCGCGCUCCUCGGAGCUGUACAACAUGGACUGGCUCAUCACCCAGUCGGGCCAGGGCGUCGUGAUCCCGCGAAUAUCCAUCAUCACCCUCGCGGGCGUCGCGUGGAGGACUCUGUACUACCAGUUCUGGGACGCCCUCACGGACCACAUGUAUCCCAACUGGAUCACCAUGGAUGCCAUCCACGACAACUCGCUCAAGGCCAUGGCCAUGACUAUAAACAAGUGCCUUGGCGUGAGGAAGUGCGGCCCCCUGGGCGGCAAAAUCAUCGGCAUGAGGAAAACGACCUUGGAGUCUUCGUCUGAUGGGACUUAUAAGAAACCCGAUCCGGAGGCACAGUCGCGCCACAGGGGGGAGGCGUCUAAGGGACAAGAAUUUCAUGCAUGA